AAGAUAUGUUUAACGAAAUCAGAUUUAGUGAGUAUGUGGACACUGGAAAACUAAUUGACAAAAUCAACCUACCGGAUUUCUUCAAAGUUUACCUUAACCACAGGCCACCCUUCGGGAACACCAUGAGUGGCAUCCAGCGGAGCUUUGACAUUCUUGGUUUUACCAAUUCAAAGGGAAAGAAAGCUAUUCGAAGAGAGGAUUUUCUGAAACUGCUUCAAACCAAAGGUGAGCACAUGACGGAAGAGGAGAUGUCUGACUGCUUCGCUACACUGUUCGGACUGAAUCCUGAGGGCUGGAAGUCCGAGCCCGCAGCCUCUUCUGUCAAAGGUUCAGAAAUUUGCUUUGAAGAAGAACUUCCAGACGAAAUCACUGCAGAAAUAUUCACGACUCAAAUUCUUGGCCUAACCAUUUCCCAAGAUUCUGGACAAGAUCCUACGGUCAGUGAAGUUGAAAGGAGAGCCUGAAGCACAAAGGACUGUGUGUGUGU